UACAUAACCUAAAAAUACAUCUCCGUACGUCACGUAACUCGAGCGAAUUUUGUCAAACCGGCGUCGAUGCGCGUCCAGCGUUACGUCAACGCGUCGACCGAUCGUAAGUACUAUCGAUCCACGAGUAAAUUACGUUUGUAAUGGACAUUGUUCGUUAGAACGGCGUGCACAUUUCGAAACUGUUCUCGAUCGAGAGCCGUCGACGGGGCAAUCGAUUCUGGAGGAUUCGAUUAUCGAGUACGUGCCGUUCAAAAGUAUCGAUACCGAUCGACGAGGAAGUGACUGAUAACACGCACCGCUCGGCGGACCGCUAAAUCUCACGUCGACGUUGUUAUUUCCUCGUUUCGCGUGGACGAGAAACUCCGUCGUCCACGGGCUAACGCGCGUCGCUUCGGUCCCGGUCGUCUCGAUGGUGCGAACGAGUCAGUGAGCUCCGGAGGCUGGCGCGUCGGCACGUGUGUCAUAAUGUCAUCGGGAGACUCGGUCGCGGAGCACAUCAUCACACGUUUUCCAAUCGUGCGCGAAAGGCAGUGACCCACCCUGACUCAGGGACUCGACAGUUGAGAAUCGGAACGAUGGAGAACCACACGCAGGACAAUACGAUCAACAUGAAUGGAAGCGAGGACCUGCGUGAGAAGGUGAAUCGACUGGAAUCGGAGAAUAUCAAGAUGCGGGAGGAGUUUAAUGUUCAGAGAGCCAAGAUGAAGGAGCUGUUCCUUCAGAAGGAAGAGGAGCUGAAAAGAAGACUGCAGGAUAACACAUGUCUGCAAAAGGAGAACGCCAAGUUGAAGAAUGAAUUGGACGAGGCAAAGAGUCAGUUGGUCGUAGCCGACCUGAAGAUUCAGAAUGACAUGCAGUUCGAGAAAAGAAAAGCGCAGGAGGAGAUAGCUUCUCUGCAGAGGGUUAUACACGAAACGAUGGAGGAAUCCUCUUGUUCGCGCAAGCAGUUAGAUGCUGAACUGAUUAAAUUGAAAAUGACGCUUUCUAAGCUGCAAGAGGAGAAUGUAUUAUUGAAGUCGCAGUUGCCAAGGGAUCCGCCAGUGGACGGCCCGCAGAUAUCACUCUCUACAGUAACGAAAACGCUAGCUCGAAAAGUAGUUUCUCAAUUAGGCGCAGAUGCUUUGUCCUUAGGUCCCGACAAUCUUGAGGAGAGCAUGAGGAAGGUAAAAAGAUAUGCGCAGGAGGAUGCGGAGGUUCUACGCUCGUUGGUUGUGCCACUCGAGGAGGAGAUCAAAGCCUUGAAGGAGAAGCUAAGGGCGACGGACGACGAACUUCAGAAGUGCAAGGAAGUACAGUUGCAGAAGAAGCAGCAGGAACUUCCUGGCUCCUCCGAAUCAGUGUGUGAUAUGUGCGCAAAUUACGAGGCGCAAUUAGUCAAGAUGCAGGCAGCUGCCAAAGAAUUAGAGAAACAGCAGUUAGACUCCGAGCGGAUGUUGCAAGUGCAGAAGGAGGACUUGGCCAAGGAGGUAGAGUUUCGAAAAGAGAUGGAGGAGAAGUGGAACGAGAAGAAGGAGGAGCAUAAAAUCAAAGUAGCAGAGCUCACUGUUACCUCGCAAACGUUGCAGCAAACAUUAACCGAGCUGAAAAGGAUCUUCGAGCAAGUUCAGAGGAACGUGAAGGAUGAGCUCGUGAAAUUGACACGCGGCCGUGAGGAAGUGCAAAGGCACCUUAUCGUGCUACAAAAGGAGAACGAAAAUUUGGUCGGCAAACAUAGCAAGCAUUCCCAGCAACUGCAGAGCGAGAGUAUCAAUAUGCCGAACAACGUCGAGGAGUUGCACGUUAGCCUUUUGAAAAUGCGGGAGGAUCUGAUCACUGCGAAAGUUGCUCAAGAGGUUGCGCAAGAGAAGGAGGAGACGUUGCGAUAUGAAGUGACCUUGCUUCACGAACAAAUGGAACAGGAAAGUAGAGUAAAGGAACAAGAGAUACUGGUAUUAAAAAAUGAAAUUAGUGGUUUAAGAACGCAGCUAGACAAAUACGUGCGAGAUCAUCGAUCCCUUGUCGAAAGAGAGGAGAAGCUCGAACGAUUAGAAAAACAAUUAGAUACUGUUUUAAAAGAAAAUAAACAGGCAGAGUUGAAAGUGGCUGAGCUACGGCAGAGAGUUACCAGCCUUCAACAAGAGCUAGAUAAUAGUGAAGCGGUUCAAAAGGACUUUGUUAGAUUGUCGCAGUCUUUACAGGUUCAACUAGAAAGAAUUAGACAAGCUGGUAGCGAGGUACGAUGGCAACAUGAAGAGGAUGUGGAAGAAUGUCCCAGUUGUCAUACUACCUUCACCGUUACUAAGAAAAAGGUACAUUGUCGCCAUUGUGGUCAUAUAUUUUGUCAAUCAUGCCUUUCACACGUUGUGAAAAGUGGACCGAAACAAAGACCAUCCAGAGUCUGUGAUGUUUGCCAUACGUUAUUGGUACAAGAUACUGCACCAUAUUUUAGUCAAGAACCACCACACACACCUGAUUAAAUAUUCUAAAGAAACUCAGUUCGACAAGAUGUGCAAUAUCAAUUUGGAAGAUUUAGAGACGCUAUUAGUUCAAGAGGGAGCUAGAUACGAUUCCUAUUACCUGACAACUGGAGUGAUAAAGUAAAUAUCGUGUAAAUACAAAUUAUGUACUACUUAAUGUUUAUUGUAAUUUAAAAAAGAUUAAAGCUUUUGAAUGUA